AUGCACCUCCUCGCCAAAUUUCACCAGCAAGAGCAGUCGGAGCCGCCGCAAAGCGGCCACCACCCCUGGGGUACGGCAUGCAGACUCCAUAUCACACACCUUACACGGCUGGCCAGCGACGGCGGGCCGGUCCUCGCCGGCUUCGCUGUGGGGGCGGUAGGCAUGGUACUGGGCGCCCUGGCGGGUUGCUGGCUGCUGAGGGAGGCUCUGGGCCCCUUGGGCUCCAAGCUGGCGGCUUGCCUGUGUGGCAGCUACGUGGGGGGUUCAGUCAACUUCGCCGCCUUGGCGCUGGCUCUCCAGGUCCCGGCGGCAUCCCUCCCGGGAGCCAUGGCGGCUGACAACCUGCUUAUGGCUGUGUUCCUUGGGGCGCUCAUGGCGGUACCCGUACAGAAAACGGCGCUCGCCGUUAGCGGCGGCGGCGCCGGAGCCGGGUCAUCAGCAGCCGGGGAUGUGGCAAUGGCGGCACAGGUGACGGGGUCGGUGGCGGCGCCACCGCCGCCGCCGCCGCCAGUGACGGCGGAGUCGCUCAGCCUGACGCUGGCGGCGGCGGCGGCAUCCUGCACGGCGGCGCAUCUCUUGGCGGAGGCGCUAGACAUCAUACCGCUGACGCUGUUGCUUCUGGCGGCGGUGGCGGCGUCGCUGGCGACGGCGGCGAAGUGGCUACGGACAGCAGUGAUGCGGGGCAGAGGAGGUGGCAGCGGCAAGGUGGCGGCGCCGCCUACCGGGCCGGUCUUUGCCGGCGCUGCUCAGCUGGGCUCCUGCUUCAUGAUGCUCUUCUUUGCCGUCAUCGGUGCCUCCGCCGGCUCCCCAUCAUGCCUGGCGGGCUGCGGCGUGCUUGUGCCCUUCCUGGGCCUUAUGGUAGUGGUGCACUGGGUUGUGGUGCUGGCGCUUGGGAGGUGGCUGCUGCGGUUGCCGUUAGAGGCACUGUUGCUGGGCUCCAACGCAUGCAUCGGCGGCCCGGCCACAGCGGCAGUUUUCCUCUUCCUGGUAGCCAUGGCCGCAGCCAAGGGCUGGACACCGCUGGUACAGCCGGCCAUGUUAGCGGGUAGCCUUGGCUACGCGACCGGUACUGCCGCGGGGCUGGCGGUGGCGCGAAUCAUUGGAGCUGCAUGA